AUGGAUUCUUUAGAGUUAGGGAACACCGAUUCUUGGGAUUUCCUCGAUUACUCAUUCAUCGACCCUCCCCCCACCGAUUUCCUCUGGUCCAAUCCAAGUGAUUUUGCGAGUGUGAACACGGAAAUUGACAUUCGAAGCAGUGAUUUUGCAAGUGUGAGUGCGGAAAUUGAUAUUCCAAGUGGUGUUGUUGUGUGUCAAGAAGAGAAUACCAGGAAGAGGGGACGCGCUGAAUCAUGCCACAAGGCAGGAACAAAAGCUUGCCGUGAGAAAUUGCGGAGAGAAAAACUCAAUGAAAGGUUUUGUGAUUUGAGUGCUGUUUUGGAUCCCGGGAGACCUGUGAGAACCGAUAAGCCUGCUAUACUUGACGAUGCUAUCAGAGUCUUGAACCAACUUAAAACUGAAGCUGAGGAACUCAAAGAAACAAAUGAAAAACUGUUGGAGGAAAUAAAAUGUUUAAAGGCAGAGAAAAAUGAACUUCGCGAAGAGAAGCUUGUUCUGAAAGCUGAUAAAGAAAAGAUGGAGAAACAGCUGAAAACUUUGCCUAUUCCACCAGCAGGAUUUAUGCCUCCUCCUCCUAUGGCUGCUUAUCAAGCACGGGUGAACAAGAUGGCUGUUUACCCAAACUAUGGAUAUAUCCCAAUGUGGCAAUAUCUUCCUCAAUCAGUUCGCGAUACAUCCCAAGAUCAUGAGCUCAGGCCUCCUGCUGCAUAG